AGUGCAUUUUGGAGAAUUGUAAAGCCAAGGAUGACAUUUGUGUUGUGGGACUGUUCUUAAAAUUAGAAUACCGUGAUGCCACCUACUCACCAUUUCAUGUGUAUUUGACACAUAGGCAAACAGUGACAAAUCUGCUAAUUUCAUUGUAAAAGUAAACAGUUUUGUUGAGUAACAAUCGGGUAACAAUGAACAUGUACACUGUAUGUAAAAGGAUACCACACAGGAUUUAAUCAGGAUUUGUUAUUGCUUGCACGGAUAUUUGUGAUGUUGAACACAUACAAUUGCACUGUACAUUGAAAGAUUUAUAAUUGAACAUUUUGGAGACUGCAGUUGUGUACCAAAUGAAGUUUGAACAAUCUUUAUGAUGCCCAUCUGUGAUGUGGAUAAUUUGUGGGAACUUGCAUAAGUUUACUUGUUCCAUCCAUGUAGCUACUGUGAGAGAUUUUUACAUUUUGAUGCCAAAACAUAAUCAGUUUGACUCCAUCAUUCAAUGCUUACAUAGUUUUCAAUGACAAAGUAUGUGGAUUUAGUGUGUUUUUUUAAUACUGAUCGGCUCCAGGAUUGAUUGAGUACUCAUGAACAUUGCAAAUAUAGAGAGGAGUCAGAGGACUUGUUUUGUUAGCACCUUGCAUGUGUGUCUGAACAUUUUUUGCACCAGAAAAGCCCAGGAUAUUUGUUUUCUUUUAACAAUGAUAAUUUUGUUGCUACCCGGAUUGAUUGAUCCGUCGUCAUGAAUAUUAUUAAUCCAACGUAUGAGAAAACUUGUUUUUAAUAGUACUGUGCACCUUGCACUGUGUGUCUGAAUUGAUUUUUGCACCAGAACACUUUUUAUUACACUGCCAAGAGCUAUGUCUUUCUAUCCUGUUAAUAUUUAUUCAAGUAUAGACUUAGCAUGUGCAACCUAUGAGAGUGGUAUGGUGGCCUUUGAGGACUUCCCCACGGACCUAGGACCAAUCUGGAUCCUCGGGAAGCAAUAUGACCUGACGCAGCACCAGCUAGAAGCCAGGCUGGAUGUCCUAUCAAGGUUGUGGUUCACGUACCGCAAGGGGUUCUCAAAUAUAGGUGGAACUGGACCAACAACAGACCAAGGAUGGGGAUGCAUGCUACGGUGUGGUCAAAUGAUGUUAGCACAGGCACUUGUCUGCAAACACCUAGGAAGAGAAUGGAGAUGGCGGCCCCAGGAUCAAGAUGAGACGUAUCUUAAAAUCCUUCAACUCUUCCUUGACAAGAAAGAUAGCUGCUACUCAAUUCACCAAAUAGCUCAAAUGGGUGUAGGUGAAGGAAAGAAGGUUGGUGAUUGGUUUGGACCAAACACAGUAGGUCAGGUCAUCAGGAAGUUAUCUCCCUUUGAUUCCUGGAGCGACCUCGCUGUUCAUGUAGCCCUUGAUAAUACUGUCGUCAUCGAAGAUAUUAGGAAGCUAUGCACAGUGAGCAGUACAACAGAAGAGAGGAGUAGUGGGGGAUCCAAGUCACCCGGGAAGAGGAGAAGGACAUCAUCCUCGGAGAACAUAAGACACAGAGCACAGCUCAGCCCCGAAGAUACAAACAUUCAAUUACCCAAUGGACUCAUGGAAGGGGCGUGUGUCUCACCCCGGGGAAUGUCCUGGAGAUCGUUGUUUCUCAUAAUACCUCUCAGACUUGGACUGAAUGAGAUUAAUAGUGUUUACAUGCAAAGACUCAAAAGGUGUUUCACGUUACCGCAGUCAUUAGGAGUGAUAGGAGGGAAGCCUAAUCAUGCACAUUACUUUAUUGGUGUACUUGGUGAUGAGAUGGUAUACCUUGACCCACAUACAACUCAGCCAGCUGCCGACGUAGAUAAAUGGGCAUAUCUACGAGAUGAAAGCUUUCAUUGUGAACAUGCCAGUAGGAUGCCAAUUAGGAAUCUUGAUCCUUCAAUAGCCUUGGGUUUUUUCUGCCACUCAGAGGAGGAUUUCAACAGUUGGUGUAGAAACAUACAACAUGUAAUAUCAGAUGGUGAUCUGAGUCCAAUGUUUGAAUUAACGGAAACAAGACCUAAACAUUGGCCACCCUUUGAACCCAACAGUGUUUCAAUAGAACCUAGCUUUGAAAUCCGUGACUGUGAAUAUCCGGACGAGGACUUCCACAAUAACUCUGAUGAAGAUUUUGAGUUUCUUUGAUGAUCACAUGAAUGAGCUGGCAUGAAAGUCACCGAACAAACAGUUUCAUCCUGAAAAAUCAUUUCUUCAUUUCUCAGUGACCAAAGUAGACUUCAUAUUAUUAUGUGCCAAACUAGGGAGGUGAUCUGGUCUGCAUAUAUUUGAACAUGAACGUCCAAAGCGUGCUUAUCAUAGCUCAGUUCAAAGCCAAAGGAAUGGUAUUUCUAAGAGUGCUUUUUGUAGGUGGUCAAAAAGCGAUUGCCUUCAGUUGAUAAGAGGCAUCCCUGCGGCAGUUUGCCUUCCAGAACCUUGCAUCAAUGGCUGGAGUAUCACUUCAUUCAGCUGUUGGAAACGUGUUGGCAUACUGACAGACUUGCAUCAAGAGAGAUAUCCCUGUGGCAGUUUGCCUAUCCAGAACCUUGCAUUAAUGGACAGAUUAUUACAUGUAAUUCAGCCGUUUGAUUCGUGUAAGCAUACUGACAGACUUGCAUCCAGAGAGAUAUCCCUGUGGCAGUUCGCCUUACAGAGCUUAGUAGUUAUGGAUGGAAGAAUGGAAGGAGGACAUUCAGGAACAUUUUCAGCUUCCACAUCAAAGCCGUCACUUGUGCAUGUUGUAAGCUUACGUCUAUCAAAAGGAACUUCUAAAGAACAUUUUUGGCUGUAGAAUGUCUCAUCAGCAAUGUCAGGAUAAGGCUUGCAGGUAAUUCUUUUGACAAGAUGAUUCAAAUGACAUUGACAGUGUACUCUACAAACAUGACUGCACUACACAUAUAGGUUUGGUGUUACCUGGGAGAUCACACACAACAUCCUACACUGUGAUCACAUGAAAGAAUUGCUCACAUAGUUGCAGGAACACCGUUGUACUUAACUUUAUAGAUCAAAUGUGAAGCAGAUUUCUUUCCCUUUAUAUUCUUCUUCGUGUGUAUCCAAAACCAUGUUGUUUCAGUUAAGACAAGAAGACCUGGGGAGCAUUUCACAAGUUAAGUUGGUGAUUUUCACCGACAGUUGUUACCUGAUUGGCUGAGGGUAAAUUAAUCAGUGAAACUUGGUGACAAAAAUUUUUCAUGAAAUGCUCCUCAUGAAUUAUGAUUGAUUAGAGACUUCUAAAUCAAUUUUGGAUCUAUUUUAACUGUCUAUAAGACAUGGCAUUGGGGUAAGAUUGAAUCAUGAGGCUCGAUGCCCCCAAAUACACAUUUGGAAAUUGAUCGUACAGUUUAUUUGUGCAGUUGAUUGCUCACAAUGGCCGAUGUAAUCAUUCAUCAAAAUCAGCCCUGUAAUUAAUUUUAAGCUUUGUGAUACAGAACAAGACCAUUUGAGGUUUAGAAACUUUAAUUAAUUAUCAGAAAAUGUGAGUGAUUGAAAUGUCUAACCUUGUCUCUUUCUGGUUUACAGAUUUUACAUGUACAAUGUUAUUUGUAUUUGCCAUGAUUGUAUUAGAAUAUUUUUCAUUUCAUAGAAAAGGAAUGUGAGAAAAUCACACUGCCCCGACCAGGUUUCUUAAAACAUCCAAAUCCCUCACGAGAAUUAUAUGAGGAGUAUUUUUAACAGUGGCAAUAGUUCCAUUACCUUUGGGGCCUGUUUCAUAAAGACACAUCAGUCAAAUUUGAGUUAUUGUUGUUUCUGAAACACCCUCUGUAUGUUACACGUUCAGGCAAAAUUUGGGGAAGAAAUGAUCGUUCUAUGGAAAGAUAUUGAAGAAAAUAUGCUGUUUAAUUGCAUUGACGCCUAUUGAACACACAUUGCUCAUUUACAACAAAUGAUACUUUUGUAACUUGAUUCCUUUUGCCAAAGUACGGCAGUAUGGUAACUUUGAAAUUAAAAUAUGGUAACUACCAUGGAAACCUUGGAUGCGAUUGGCUGCUGAGCCCCUUACCGUGAUAGUUUAUACCAUAUUGGCAUAGUUACCAUAGUUGUAACUCUUUAACAAACGGGCCUGUGUCCCAUUUCAUACAGAGCUGUUAUAAUAAUAAAUGUGCAAUUUCUGUAGCAGUUUUACCAUCAGCCAAUAAGAUUGAAGGAUUUCAGUAGCUUUUAACUUGUAAAUUUGUUAUAACAAGUUUUAUGAAACAGACCUGGAAUACUACAGGGGAAUCACAAGGGUGCUACAAUAUUUUAUAUUUAUAAUACAUCUUCAGUCAAAAAGAUUUUAGGUUUAUUUCAUUGUUUCACUCUGAAGGUUGUCAACUGAGGUAUUGUGUCUGUAUUUAAUUUGUUUUUAUUUAUCACUGCUUUUUAAUACAUGAACAUACAGAUUUGUUGAUUGGCAAUUUCUUACUAUGUACAUCAGACCCCCUACUUGGUGGAUCUACCCUAAAUGUCUGUUUUCUGGUUCAUACAAGAGGUUUAAAUGCUCUCAAAUUAUCAUGGCUUCAAAACUUAAUGUAUUGAGGUUAGAUUGGAGAAAAUUGUGGAUUGAAUAUCCCAAAAGAUUAUUUUGAUAUGUAAUUGCCCAAAUAUGUUUGCUUGUUUGUUUGUUUUUUCCUUUCUUUUUUUGCACCAAUCCUAAAAAUAUAUUUUCACAGGUACUUUGAUGUUAAUUUAUUUUAACAGGCUUUUUAGAAUUGUAUCACGACUGCACUCAGAGGUUAUUUUUUCUGCUCAUCCUUUUACUUAUAUGCAAAUUUUAGUCAGAAAUGCAUUACUACUUCUGUUUUUUUUUAGUAUGUUAACCUGGCGUCAUUUUCGGAUUUUGCAAUUACAUAUGGCUCAUAUUCUGUUUCCUUUUAUAUAACUAUAGACAAAAGUUUAACUCUGUGAUGUCCAUUUAUAUACAAUUAUCUGUAGCCAAGAUAUCCACAUUAUUUUCUCACUACAUAAUCAUUCUGCUGGCUUGGAUCAAGUCCCAUGCUUCAGUGGUCUGAAAACUAUUAUCCUGAAAUUUUCACACUAGAAAAUGCAGAUGAAUGAACAUUUAUAAUUGUAGUUUUCUCACCAUUAGGCAUGAGAAAAAGAACACAGAAAACAUUAAAAAAAACAUACAGUUUAUAAUUCAAUUUGCAGCAAAUAUACUUUUAGUUUGACAAAAAUUUAGUUCUCUAAGCAAGUUGUUAUUCACUCAUUUUGAUCACAAAUUACAAAUAAAGCAACUCUAUUUAUUCCCAUAACAUUUGUAUGAUUAAAAUUUUACAUCCCAUAUUUUUGUCGUCUGUAUUUAUUCCACAGCUACAUGUAUACAUGCAAUGCAAUAUGCAUCCUCAAAUGCCUAAAAGUAUGUAUCAAACUAGUAUGUUCAUUGUUCAAACCAUCCCUGUAUUCUGCAGAAAAUGUUUAUAUCAAUACAUGUUGGUAUAUUAUGUAGAGGUGUUGAUAUUACAUAAUCAACAAAGUUUAUUUAUCUUGA